AUGCGAGUCUUUGCAAGUAUAGGCCUCGUUGGUCUAGCUGGCUUUACCGCAGCAGUAAAACGUCAAGACGCUGCAGACCGUUCCAUCACUACUUCCGCGCCAUUCGUGGUCUCGAAUCUUUCCGGCAGCCCUCAAAUGCAGGAGAAGGAUGAAGAGCUGGGAAAUACUGCUCCUCUUUCAGCACCUCUACGACCUACAUCGAAUACAAUCAGUAGUGUCACAGAUUCAGGCCUUGUCGCACCGCUUCGACCUACUUCGGUUACUACGGUUGUGGUCACUAGUACCUCGGGAGUACCUGCUGGUCAGCUUCCAGCACGAUCAGCUUCAACCUACAUUCUCCUAUGCGGUGGCCCUGAUGCAGAUACUUUCACAUGGUCAGCAGUAUGCGACGGAGCUCCGGAUUACUUGGUACCCACGAAUGGUCAAUACUGCGAGGCAUUUUGUCAAUGCAACGAGCAUGGGAAAAUGCACUGUCCCUCGCCUGCCACUGGAUGUUCAGACAAUGGUAAAGUGACUGCACUUUGUGCCUUGGGAGAGGAUUAUGUAUGUGAAUGCCACAAGCAGCCCGAUGAAGAUACAAAAGUCAUUGAAGAGGCUAAAUCGUCAAUCUCACCAGCCUUAGCAGCCUUGGAACUCAAGCGUGCUGAGGAUUCUGCUGCACCUUCUGUGUUCUGCUGGGGUUCUUCACUCACCAAGACUGAUAUUGCUGGUACUUGUAUGGACGGCAACUUCUUGAUGUACUCUGGUGACGACUGUCAGCAUUAUUGCAAGUGUGACGGCUCCGGCAAGCUUACUUGCAGUCAUCCUUCAGACUGUGGCCCGGACAACGUUGUCAAUGAUUAUUGCAAAAAGAACGGAAACUUCCAGUGUGACUGUCUUACCUCGAAGGUGGCAGUGAUGAAAGCAAUUGGUCUUGACGAAGAUUCAUCAGACAAUAUGGCCAUGGCUCUUUCUGAGGCUCUAACUUCCAACCAACAUGAUGAGAUGGCCAAUGAGCUCCAACACGACAGUUCUUCUACAGUCACCGAUCCCAAGCAUACGACAUUCGCCACCUCGACAGUCCCGAAGUCCGCAGCCGUGUCGACCAUGGAUCGACAACCACGCUCUGCAGCGAGUGAUUUCACUCUGACAUGCGAAGGACCGAAUAUGCUACAUACUUUUCCAAUGCCACCCUGCGAAAAUAGACGCCAGGAAGUUCACGGCAAUGGAUACUACUGCCAAGCACAUUGCUGGUGUAACGACGACGGGUGUGUAACGUGUGAUGCCCUAGGUCAACCUAGUGGCAUUGAGACAUGUGGUGGUAACGAUAAAGCUACAAGCUUCUGCGGUGCACCGCACGACGACUAUUUCUCAUGCUACUGCCUGAAUAAGCACGGUGCAAAGUCCGCUUGUAAUUAA